CUAACCCAGGCCCCCUCACUGGCAACCUUUUGCCUUGGUAGUGCUACCAAUGAUCCCCUCCUAAGAUUUUCAAUAAUUUCUUCUAUAAAAUUCAAUUUGGCCACGCAGGCAUUCUACAACACCGUACUCCCAGUUCCAUCGAAAACAAUCCAUCCUGUGCAUUGACAGCAUUCUUCAUUGUCGCUCAUUGCUCACAUAUCUUGGAUUUCUAAGGAGAAUUACUGAAAAUGGACAGCUCGUCAAGAGACAAAGAUCCUGCGGGAGUCGAUCGCUCUCGACCCCUCUACACCAAAUUAAAUACAACCAAGAAACAGGUUGCAUACUUCUACGACUCCGACAUUGGCAAUUAUGCAUAUGUUACUGGCCAUCCCAUGAAGCCUCACCGUAUUCGACUGGCACACAGCUUGGUGAUGAACUACAAUGUGUACAAAUACCUCGAGGUUUACCGUGCGAAACCUGCUGUCGUCAACGAGAUGACGCAGUUCCACACAGACGAGUACAUCGAAUUCCUCCGGCGAGUCACACCAGACAAUAUGGAUAGCUACAUGCGCGAGCAAACCAAGUACAAUGUCGGAGACGACUGUCCUGUCUUUGACGGUCUCUUCGAGUUCUGCGGCAUCAGUGCUGGAGGGUCCAUGGAAGGCGCCGCUCGCCUCAACCGACAAAAGUGCGAUAUCGCAAUCAACUGGGCCGGUGGACUGCAUCACGCCAAGAAAAGUGAGGCCAGCGGCUUCUGCUACGUUAACGACAUCGUCCUCGCCAUACUCGAGCUCCUCCGCUAUAAGAAGCGGGUCCUGUAUAUCGACAUCGAUGUUCACCACGGCGAUGGUGUCGAGGAAGCCUUUUACACCACCGACCGCGUCAUGACAGUCUCCUUCCACAAAUACGGCGAGUACUUCCCUGGCACCGGCGAGCUUAGAGAUAUCGGUAUCGGUGUCGGGAAAAAUUACGCUGUCAACUUUCCUCUCCGCGACGGAAUUACCGACCAAACAUACGAAACAAUCUUUGAGCCUGUCAUCGAAGCCGUCAUGACAUACUACCAACCCGAGGCUGUUGUACUCCAGUGCGGCGGAGACAGCCUGUCUGGUGACCGCCUCGGCUGCUUCAACCUCAGCAUGCGUGGACAUGCCAACUGUGUCAACUUCGUGCGCAAGUUCAACCUUCCUACCCUUGUCCUCGGCGGCGGUGGGUAUACCAUGCGCAAUGUCGCGCGGACCUGGGCUUACGAGACGGGUCGCCUGGUUGGCGUUGAGAUGGACCCCGUCCUGCCCUACAAUGAAUACUACGAUGCAACGCUAACUAUGGUGCAGUACUACGGUCCCGACUACGAGCUUAAUGUGCGCCCAUCAAACAUGGAGAACGCAAACAGUCCCGAGUACCUCGAAAAGAUCAAGAAUGCCGUCAUCGAAAACCUCAAGAAGACCAUUCCGGCCCCAUCUGUCCAGAUGCAGGACGUCCCAAGACAAGGCAUGAACGUCAUGACGGACGAGGAUGAAGCCGAGCUCGAUGAUGAGGAUGCAGAUAACAACAAAGACGUCCGCAUCACCCGGCGCAAUGCCGACAAAAACGUGGCCAGAGAUGACGAGUUCGAAGAGAGCGACGAUGAAGACAUGGACAAGGCCGUCGGCAUAUACCAAACGAACGGCAAGAAGCGCCCUAUCACGGAUUACAAGAACCCCUACGCUCAAGAGGACUAUGAAGACGUCGUUGACCGUAAUGGGGACAAGCCACCAACCCCGCGCGCCGACGCGCCCACCGCGGCGGACGCCGAGGAUGGGGACGAGACCAUGGAGGACGUCGGCGCUGAUGCAGUUGAGCAGCCCGAGCCUGAGGUCGAGAAGGCGGCCGAGAGCACUGCCGCACCUCAACCAACGGAUGCUGCCGCUGUUCCCGACAAGGACGGCGAUAUUGACAUGGCAGAAGCUGAGGCGGAAACGGCAGCU